GGCGCACACACUGUCCAUCUACGCAGACAGCUCGUGUUCCCCAUCGUGCCCAGCGGAACCCCCGGACAACACGGGAUUCCUCGUUCCCGACCCCACCGACUGCCAGCGUUACUACGUGUGCCUGCAGGACGGCCGACCCAGCGACUUCCCCUUCGAGUGUGAGGACGGCCAGUUCUUUGAUUCCACCAACGCGACCUGCACGGAAGAAAUAGAUGCGAAAUGCGACCUGUGUCAGCCAACCUGCUCUCUGUACUCGUGCCCUGUUCCUUCCGAUGAUAUCAUAAUGGUAGCUGACGCCAAUGACUGUACAAUGUACUACCUGUGCGGCGUCAGCGAUGAAGCUCUGCACAUCAAGUGCGGUGAAGACACACCGUACUUCAACGGCGAGGAUUGCGUGAAGGACGCGAGCGAGUGCUGCGACCCGUGCCUCGUGUACUGCAGCGAGGCCUUCACGCAGAUCGCCGACCCGGCCGACUGCACCAACUACUACUUCUGCCUCGACGUCGGCUUCCCCGGGCCCGCCGACCUGCACCGCUGCGAGGAGGGCAACUUCAACGCCACAACGAGCCACUGUGACCGCGACGCCUCGUGUGUGCAGCUUCCCCAGUGUUCUGCCCCCGCCCAAAGUGGUCGAGGUGCUGAAGACCCGCACAGUCUGUCCCUCCUGCCGUAGGCCGGAGUGAGGAUGAAUGCGGCAAUGUGUUAUGCUGCUUAACAUAUGCACUGCACAUAUGGUACAGUGUUUAUGGUGUAUAUUGUUACAAAGGAUGCUCAGCUUAACUCGCAGCAUUAACGAUUGUUAUUAGUUCACUAUGUAGUCAAUAACCUUGACCGAUAAAACGUUCAUGUCACUUGUUCUCUUAUUAAACAUUGCAGAAGUAUUAUAGUCUUUCGACUCACCUUUAGUGAUUGCGAUAGACUCAUUGCAUAAUUGUUGUAUAUGUGUUGUAUAUGCCUUCAAAAACCUAGCGUCAAUAAGUAGUAUAUCUAGACUGGAAUGCUACGCAACAGUUUGUUAAUAAAGUAUAAGUAUUUUG